UCAAAGGUAAUUUCGUACGUCGGCGUGGUGGUUUGGCGCCAGCAAAUUUCGCGGGGUCCCAGCAACUGAAGGAACCGCGGAGCAGAACCAGAACCGGGAGGCUCGAACCGUGACCGAUCACCCAGGCUUCAGAGCCACGAAAGCCUGACAGAGGAGCGAGCAGCCCGGCGGAGCGGAGAGUCCCGGAGCUUCCCGUCCCGUGCAGCGACUCCCACCGAGGUGAGCAGACGGAACUCCGGCGGAGGAUGAGGAGUUUUUCCACUCUGACUGAACCAGAACCAGAACCAGAACCGGAAGGAGGGCCUCCAGGAGGUGAGUAAUAAUGAUGGCGACUGCAGCGCCUCCCAGCAGCUCCGGCCUCCUGCCUCUGUUGGAGUCUCUGGAGGAUGUCGCUGCCGGACAGUCGGAGCAGACGGACGUCUACCUCACCAUCGCCAGCCGGCUCAGUGGAGAGGAGGGUCGACAGUUUCUCCCUGCAGUUGAAAAGCACUUUCCUCGUUUGGCUAAAGCCAUCCUGGCUCACAUAGCCAGUCCAAAUGCAGAGCUGAGCCAGGCUGCCCUACAAGCUUUAGGGUUUUGUGUUUAUCAUUCUCACGUUGUCUCUGGAGCUCCAGAAGUCUUAGCAGCAGAGAUACUUUCAGCACUUUGCUCUCUGGUGGUGAAGUCCACCGAUAAGAACACAUGCACCAGAUCCUUAUGGGUCAUCUCCAAACAGAACUUCCCUGCAGAUGUGGUCAGCAAAAAAGUUUCAUUAAUUCUGACGACGUUGGAGAGCAUCUGGAGCAGAGAGGAUGUCCAGUCGGUGGUGAUGGAGCACGAAGCCCUGAAUGUGGUCAUCAGGAUGCUGGAGCAGGUUCCGGUCCAGAUGGGGGACGGAGCGGUCCAGUGGGCCAAGCUGGUGGUCCCUCUGGUGGUCCACUCGGCCUCCAAGGUCCGUCUGAGGGCGGCAGCAGCCCUGGAGCUGGGUCUGCCUCUGCUCCUGGAGAAACAGGUGGAGGUGGCUGCUGUCAUCGAGCCCAUGAUGUCCUCAAAACUGAUCCCAGAACUGCAGAAGCUCUUCAUGUCCAAGAAUGAGACGAACGUCCUGAAGCUGUGGCCUCUGUUUGUCAAGCUGCUGGGGAAGCUGCUCCACAGAGGAGGACCUUUCAUCAACUCUCUGCUGCAUCUGGAGGAACUGGGCUUCCGCAGUUCUUCUCCCACCAUCAAGAAGAUCGCCUUCAUCGCCUGGAAGAGCCUCAUCGACAACUUCGCCCUGAACCCAGACAUCCUGUGCAGCUCCAAGCGUAUGAAGCUCCUGAUGCAGCCUCUGAUGUCCAUCACCGUGAGGACAGAAGCUCUGCUGCUCACCAAGGUGGAGGUCUGGUGGUACCUGGUGGUCCAGCUGGGCCACAACCUCUCCACCAACUUCGACCAGGUUUCAGUUCCUCUCCUUCAGACCACCAUCGGGUCCGACUUGUCCUCCGUCCCCGGGACUCCGUCGAGACCGGUCCCCCAGAACGGAGCCGCUACACCUGUCGGCAACAAGACAGGUAGACUCACACACCUGCAGUACAAGCAGCAGGAUAAAGGGAGAGUUUCAUGUGUUCUCUCUCCGUCUCCAGGCUUCAGCAGUUCGGCCAACUUGUCUCUGAUGAGCCUGAACUCCAGCGUUCAGCUCUCCUCCUGCUUCCCCUCCAUCCAGCUGCUGGGGCUGGAGAUGCUGCUCCACUACUUCCUGGGUCCAGAUGUUGUUGCUGCUGCAGCCAAGAACAAACUGCUGCUGAGUCUGGAACCCCUGAACCACCCGCUGCUGUCUGGAGUUUCCUCCUUCACCAAACAUUCUGCUGUUCUGAUCUCCAGCGUCACAGACGGAUUCAGCAGCGUGGGAAAAGAUGCUCCAGAGUCUCUUCUGGCUGUUAUCUGGACUAGUCUGGUCCGGUUUGUUAACUUAACCAUUGAGUCUGGAGGUAGUAAGAAGGACCGGCAGGGCUGUGAGGUUCUCACUCUGAUGCUUCAGGCUCUGCAGAACAUCGUCUCCUCAGAAGCUCUGCCUGCAGACAGAGUCUUGGUUCUGUUUGAGGUCACAGUUAAAGGAAUCCCUCAGAGAGUCCUGGGUUCUGCUUCUUACCAAGUGGGGAAGAUGGACGUCCUGAAUGGGACUCCAGCUCUGUUCCUCAUCCAGCUGCUCUACAACAGCAGCAUGUCGGCGGCCUUCGUGGAGGACGAGAGGUUCUUCCAGUGCCUCCAGACCCUGGUGGGUUGCGGUCUGUCCGGUCCCACCUCCCCGCUCACGUUCUCUGAGGCAGUUCUGGGCGCCAUCGGUCACAGCGCUGUGUCUCUGCAGAACAAAGAGCAGCUGCUGAGGAUGUGGAGCAUCGUGGUCGGUCCGCUCACCGACACCAUCACACAGUCUAAUGAGGUGAACCAAGGAGACGCUCUGGAACACAACUUCAGCUCCGUCCACUCCGCCCUGAUGCUUCCUGUCACUCACCUCCUGCAGGGGGUGCCACUGCAGCAGGCCUCCCAGAAGUCCAUGCUGUCUCUGUGGUCCAAGCUCUACAAGGUGUUUGCUCGGUGCUCUGCUCUGGUGGUCACCGCUGAGGAGAACAUCUGCUGUGAGGAGCUCUGUGGACGGAUGGUGGCCGCCGCGGACCGAGGAGCUCUGACGGUUCCUUCCACCUUGAACUCCAUCAGCAGCUUCCUCCAGGUGAUGGUUGAAUGUGUGGACUUCUCUCCGUUCACGCCUCAGUUCCAGCAGAAGCUCAAAUCUCCUCACACUCCGGUGAACUGGAUGAAGAAGAGGAGCCGAGCUCUGGGGAACCUCUCCACCUUCCAGUCGCUGCUGGUGCAGUGUCUGGAGGUCUACCUGGAGAACCUGGAGGGGUCCUCUGAGGCCACGGGUUCCUCUCUGGUCUCCGUCCUUUCCACGCUCUUCACCAGCCUGGUCCUGAACAACGCCGUCCAGGAGGCUCUGAGCUCCCUGGUCCAUCCUCUGAAGAUGUUCUACAGCAGAGCAGCCUCUGAGCCGCCGACGUUCUCCUCACAGCUGCUGCUGAAGCUGGAGAAGCUUCUGGGCGACAUCGUCUGCUGCCUCCAGUCCAGAUCCACGUUGGCCUUCAACGACGAGCUCCUGGUCCUUCUCGCUCCUCUGCUCUGCGUUCUGUUUCCUCACAAGAACAAGCAGCUGAGGACCUCCGUCACACACUUCUGGAACUCCACCUUCGCCAACGCCGUCAGCCUCUCCUACCCUGAAGACCUCAGGAGCAUCCUGAGCCACGUGAAGCAGAAAACUCCCAUCAUCCUCCCCGGCUUCGAGGUCCUCAACGUUCCUGACGAGCUCAGCGGACAGUAUUCAAGUGAAGGUUCUCAGAUGGAGACUAAGCUCAGUGGGAUUCCAGUUUGUUCUGUGAAGGACAGAAGCUCCAGAACGUCCAAACCAGUUCCUACGAAGCUGGACUUCAGUUCUCCUAAACCACCUCGCCGAGAAGUUUUGGAGGAAGAAGCCUCCAUCGACUUUGUCUUCAUUCCUCCUGAGACAAAGGAGAGAGUUCUGACUGAACACCAGAAGGAGGUGAAGAGGAUGAAGAGAGUGGACAUUCCUGCCAUGUACAACAACCUGGACGCUUCUCUGGACACCACGGUGUUCAGCCAGUUCACCCAGAGCCAGGACGACUCCCAGGACAAGGUGACGAAUGAACAGACCAACACAGAAACCAGAGAGGAUCCUCAGAAGGCUCCUCAAGAAGACGUGGAAAAUGAGAUCAAUGCAGAAGUUCUAACAAAAGACACUGAGGACUACGUCAGCCCCAAAGAUCCUGAGAACACAACGGAAAAGCAGCAGCAGGAAGAGGUCCUCCCAGACUCUGCAGAUGUUUCUAUGGAGGACGAUGAUAAGGCCGAAGGAACGAGUCCCAACGUCUCUGCUUCUUCAGAUCUGGUCUCAGGAACUCCGCAGAAACCCAACAGCCGCCGCCAGUCAUUCAUCACUCUGGAGAAGUACGCAGAAGGAAAACCUGCCAGCCCGAGCAGCGUUUCCUCCUUCACAGGUCCUCUGGUCAAGACCUCCAGUCAGACACCCUCCUCUAAGGAUUCCCAGACUUCCACUGGUCCAGACUCUCAGGAGUCCCAGACUAGAACAGGAAACUCGCAGAGUUCCAUCAACGACGUCCCAGAGUCUCCACAAAGGCCAAAGGAGUCCAGGACGAGAACCGAGCCUGUGAAGCUGACUGAAAGGCUUCCGAGUGACUCGACUGAAGAUGAGGACGUUAUCCCAGAUACUCAGACUGAAGUGGAGAGCACCAAUAUGACUUCCACAUCAGAGGAAGAAGUGAAAUCUUCAAGUCCAGAAGGGGAAUCUCAAGCAGCGAUGGAUGAUUCUCAAUCUUCUCCUGACAAGCCUAAACGAACUCGAAGCUCCAGAGUCCAACCUUCACUUCCUGGAGACAACCCUGAAGAACAGGACGCGAAAGACAUUUCCAACAAAAAGAGACGUUCUAGAGAAACAUGUCUGAUUGAAUCUCCACAGCCGCUACAAAGUCGACCGAACACGAGGAGUAAGCAGGCGGCCGAGGAGAGCAGCGGUAAAACAAGAUUACGAAAACGACCUCAGCAGGACGGGAGGGAGUCGAGCCAAAGCAACUCUCAGAGUCAAGAAAGCAAACGCAAGAAGAUCAGGCUGUUCAGUAGCUCAGAGGACGUCCUCGCUCCACCUCAACGCACACGGAGGAGCACCAGUGAGCAUUCGUUCAGCCAAACUGACGUACAGUCGCAAUCUGAUCUUGAAAGCCAGUCGCAAGGUCGGCGUGGUCGACGGAGCAAAGCAGCACUGGCAGAACUGACCCCAAAAGAUGACCGCAAGCUACCCGAAGACCCCCAGACAGUCGAGCUUGUAGGACAGACGGAAAAAGAUGGCGAUGAAACAAAAAAAGAUUCUCAACUCAUGUCUUCGCCUCAAGCAGAAGGCCAAUCCCAAGAGUCUGAAAUGUCAGAAAAGACCGAAAAAGAUAGUGUUGAAAUGAGAAAAGAUUCUCAAAUGUCUUCGCCUCAAGGGGAAAUCCAAUCCCAAGACUCUGGGCCUGCAGAACAGACAGAAAAAGAUGAACUGAAGAUGGACACGCAAAUGUCUUCGCCUCAAGGGGAAGUCCAAUCCCAAGACUCUGGGCCUGCAGAACAGACAGAAAAAGACGAUGAACUGACAAUGGAGAUGCAAAUGUCUUUGCCUCAAGGGGAUGUCCAAUCCCAAGACUCUGGGCCUGCAGAACAGACGGAAAAAGACGAUGAACUGAAGAUGGACACACAAAUAUCUUCGCCUCAAGGGGAAGUCCAAUCCCAAGACUCUGGGCCUGCAGAACAGACGGAAAAAGACGAUGAACUGACAAUGGAGACGCAAAUGUCUUUGCCUCAAGGGGAAGUCCAAUCCCAGGACUUUGAACCUGAAGGACAGACCACCGACAACGAAGAACCAAAGAAGGAUUCUGAAAUGUCUUUGCCUCAAGAUGAAGGCCAAUCCCAAGAAUCUGAGCCUGAAGAAAAGACCUCAAAGGAAGGAGAAGUUUCCCAGAUAGUCAUCUAUUCUCCCACGAAUGACGAGUCCCAAGAAGUAAUAAGCAAAGAGGAAAACAAGACAACAGAAGCUAUCGAUGACAACCUCAGUCAAGAGGACUCUCAGGUUAUCACACCGUCAUCCUCUGACGGCCGAUCUAUACGUAGAUCCAGAAGAACAAAGGCUUCACCAGAGGCUGCAGAGGCCGAAGACCGAAGUGGAAGCAGAGAUUCAUUGAAAAAGCAGAGUGGAUCUAAUUCUCAGACCGAGGAUCCAGCCAGAGGUCGAAGGAGGAGGAGUAAACCUCUUCAGCUCUCUUCUGACUCGACCCUAGAGGGUUCUCAGUCUUUAGAUCUUUCUCAGUCAGAGUCCUCCCAAAGCAGAGGCAGAUAUUCAACACGAAGGUCCUCUCCAGCAGUGGUAGGUGGAGUAGAUUCCUCAGAGUCUGAAUCCUCUGAUGCCAGAGAAGCUUCCGUCGUUCCCAAAAGGAGAGGGAGGAAACCUCGAGCCUCGCUGCCAAGUCCUCUCACUGUUGAAUCCAAGGACAGAACUGAACAGGUGGAUUCUUCUCAAACAAGAGAGAGUCAAAGCACAGAAGCAAAAACUGACUCAGUGGAACCAUCAGAAGCACAAGAUCUGCUGCAGGUUGAAGGUAACAUCGAAGAGGAAAGUAAGGAAGAGUCACAGAUGGAGGUGGAGGACGAAACGACAAAGAAAACAGACAGUGAUGAUACUCCUGUGAAAGAAAGCGACACUAAAAAUGUGAAAACGCUGGAAUCUGCUGGGAUCAGUAAUGAACAGACUCAGGAAAUGUUGUCUGCUGAGACCCUGAAGCCUUCAGAGGAAAAACCCAAAGAAGUGUCUGAAACUGGGGAUGCAGAUCUGGACCACCAGGAUCAUCCAGCAGCAGCUCAGGAUUCACAAAACGAAGCAGAGCGUCCACAUGUCACAGAUGAGGUUUCAGACCAGCAAACCAAACCCACCGCUGAAGAUGAACCUGCACCUCUAAUCAAAGAAGACGGAGAAACCCAGAUGGAGCCUCAGCAUGAAGAGAAAACGGAGACUGAGGAAGCUGCAGAUAUGGAUGCUGCUCUAGCUGACGACGUAUUCACAGAAUCUACGAGCAAAGACGUUUUCCAGGAUUCUCCAGUGAAGCAGAAGGACCUGGAGGCCCUGAUGGAACCCGGUUUGGGUCAAAGCCCCAGCAGUGGCAGAACCAGAGGAACCUGGUCUCCUUCAGCUUCACCCUCCACCAGCAUCCUGAAGAAAGGCCAGAAGAGGCCGCUGAAGGACGAGACGCCAUCGCCUCUGGUCAAGUCCAGACGUGUCUCUUUUGCUAAUCCGAUCCAGCAGCAGGAAACAGCAGAUGACAUCGACCGUCGUAGUCCGGCCGUCAGAACCAGCUCCCCCAGGAGGUCCAAAGGCAGCAACAUCCCACAACCCAAGCUCGUCACGACUCCAACGAAGGGUUUGCUGAUCCUGAGUCCCAGAAAUCUUCACAGUCCGGGUCACAAGAGCUCCAAGAAAAGCCUGAUUUCAGAGCUGGGUCAGGAGCCUCGGCCGGUCUCCAGGGACUGCAUCUACCCUGCUCUGGUCGGCUGCUCCACGCCGGUGGAAGCUGUGCUGCCUCAGAUCUCCUCCAACAUGUGGUCUCGGGGUUUCGGGCAGCUCGUUCGAGCCAGAAACAUCAAGACGGUUGGAGACCUCAGCGCUCUGACUCACGGUGAGAUCAAGACUCUGCCGAUUCGAUCCCCCAAGGUCUCCAACGUCAGGAAGGCUCUCAAAGUCUACGAACAGCAGCGUAAAGGACGAGGUGGAGACGACCUGAAGAGCUUCGAUGAAACCGAGAUGAUGACGUCUGAACUGGAGGAGACCGGAGCUGCUCCCAACGACGACGAUAAAACCUCAGCAGAGACUCUGGCCACAGAGCUUCUGGAUGAAUCGCCCUCUGCAGCCGACCAGGACAUCUCAGGAAACCAAACGCCUGAAGUCCUGGACGGAGACCAGAGACCUGAAGACCUGCUGCUGUCCUCCGACGUGGAGCUCAUGUCCUGCAGAAUGUCUCCAUCAGAACUGGGGCGCUGCUCGGUCCAGCAACUGGUCCAGAUCCACGACCAGCUGGGAGGCAUGAUGAGGAGAGUGGUAGUGGAGCUGCAGACCAGAGUCCAGCAGACAGACCACCACCUCUGAUCCUGGACCAGAACCAUGAGGCCUUUAGCUGACCUCGUGAUCCUGGACCAGAACCUCCAGGUCUUUACCCGACCUCUGAUCCUGGACCAGAACCAUGAGGCCUUUACCCGACCUCUGAUCCUGGACCAGAACCAUGAGGCCUUUAGCUGACCUCUGAUCCUGGACCAGAACCUCCAGGUCUUUACCCGACCUCUGAUCCUGGACCAGAACCAUGAGGCCUUUAGCUGACCUCGUGAUCCUGGACCAGAACCUCCAGGUCUUUACCCGACCUCUGAUCCUGGACCAGAACCAUGAGGCCUUUAGCCGACCUCUGAUCCUGGACCAGAACCUCCAGGUCUUUACCCGACCUCUGAUCCUGGACCAGAACCAUGAGGCCUUUAGCUGACCUCGUGAUCCUGGACCAGAACCUCCAGGCCUUUACCCGACCUCUGAUCCUGGACCAGAACCAUGAGGCCUUUAGCUGACCUCGUGAUCCUGGACCAGAACCUCCAGGCCUUUACCCGACCUCUGAUCCUGGACCAGAACCUCCAGGUCUUUACCCGACCUCUGAUCCUGGACCAGAACCUCCAGGUCUUUCCGUCGUCCUCCAGGCCUGUACUAGGACUGUGUGGUUCUACCUGUCUGGACGUUCCUCAGCUCCUUCUUCCUUCCCUUUGAUGAUCCUUCUUCUUUCCUGAGCGCUAGCGGAGCGUUCUGGUGUGUAGCUCCGGCUGUUUUUAGUUUCUAUGAACUCUAAGAAAAGAGAAGAAGCACGGUUUCACUUUGACGCCGUGGUUGUCUGACUUUCCUGCAGGACUGAACUGUAAAUACACUCGUCUCUGUUUUUAGAACGUUUACAUUCAUCUUGUACAUUUUUUAGCAUUUCUUUGUUUCUCCGCCUUUUUAACGUCUUAAUGAAUUUUUGUCGUCAUGAACCUUUGUUUACUGUAGAGUGUAGUCGCACUUAGUCUGUGGUUUUAAGUACUUCAAUAAAAGACCAAACUGAGUGGUUUUUAAAGAGC